UCCUAAUAAAAAACCCCCUCGUUUUCGCGUCUGCAAUCCCUCGUCCCAUCCAUCUCAGUGUACACGUCGUACUAGAUCGGUUUUUAUUUGCUCUCGCCCACACCCGCUCCAAUCUGUCCCAACUCGGUUCCUACGUCAUACACCACAUCGGCAAUUCAGGUCGUGCCAGAUCACAUCGCAGAAAAGUGCAACAUGGCUGCAGACAAGGUAUCGGUACCAGCUUUGCUGGACUUGACCAUCGACAAUAUCACGCCAAACACAAUUAAAAUCAAUUCGCAAUGUAAAGACAGGCGCUUGACGUAUGUGAUGGAGCGCUUGGUCACACAUCUCCACGACUUUGCCAGGGAGACGCGCAUUAGCACGGACGAGUGGAUGGCCGGGCUCAAUUUCUUGGUACAGUGCGGUCAGAUUAGCAGUGAUGUCCGCCAUGAAUUCAUUCUUCUGUCCGACAUCCUUGGUCUCUCUCUCCUGGUAGACAGUAUCAACCACCCGAAACCACAGAACACGACAGAGGGGUCCGUGCUAGGCCCGUUCCACACGCACGACGCCCCGACAUUAGAGAAUGGCGCGAACAUGUCAUCGGAUCCCCAAGGAGAACCGCUCCUGUGCGUCUGCACGGUAAAAGACACGGAAGGAAAGCCGAUAGAAGGUGUAAAGAUUGAUAUAUGGGAGACUGACAGUACAGGUCACUAUGAUGUUCAGCACUCGGACCGGAGCGAACCGACUGAGCGCUGUGUCAUGAUCAGUGACGCUAACGGAGAUUUCUGGUUCAAGUGUAUUCUGCCAGUCAGCUACCCCAUCCCACAUGAUGGACCAGUCGGUAAGCUUCUGCUCAAACUGGGUCGACACCCUUGGAGACCAGCGCAUCUGCACUUCAUGAUGGAGAAGACGGGCUGUGAUCAUUUGAUUACCUCACUCUACAUGCGCGGCGAUCCCUACGAGACAUCCGAUGCCGUGUUCGGCGUGAAGAAGAGUCUCAUCGUAGAGCCGCAGAAGAUAGAUAGCGCCACGGCGAAGAAGUACGGCGUGCCCGAGAACAGCUGGAUUUUGAAGCAUGACUUCGUAUUGACGACUGAUCAAGAGACGGCAAACUUGAGGGAUAAGCUUGCCAAAGAGGCCCUUGAGAAACAGGGACUCAACUUGAAGCUCGUCGAUCAUCUACCUGUUCCUGACCUUGAUUAAAGUACGAUGAGCCAAACAA